AUGGAGAGUAAUGUGCUCAAACAGCUCAUGGACGCCACAGCCAGUGGGGCCUUGGUCACGUCCACUGCCAAUCUGUCCACGUCAGUUGUAAAGCAGAGACCUAGAUUAUGGAGUCAGUGGCCGAGUGGGGAUGUGAUCAUGUCUUGGAAUGUGCUUCGAGAGCCCAUCGCCAGAUGUGGCCAGCAUCGACAUUGGGAGAUGUAUCGGAAUGAGCUGCUACCCAACGCCGAUGGAACUUCGGAAACACCUGGGCCAAGUCCUUCGAUAAAGGCAGAGUUUGUGAGGCCGGAUGCAGCAACUGGUCUAUUCGAUUAUGACCAAGUCAUGCCAGACGAUAUGCUAGUGGAUUCCACUCCAGAAUCAGCAAAUCUCACGACAUCACUUAUCAGAAACUAUGUGGUCAAUAUCCACAGCAAGUCCCCAAUCUUGGACCUUGAUUUCUUGAAAGACUUGGAAGACCGACUACUGAAAGACAGCGAGCUUCAAAACUGGCCAGUUCAGAAGCAGCUACCAAUAGGACUGCAUCCUCCAGAUAUGGCAAUCUUGCUCUUGGUGCUCGCUUUGGGAGAGGUCUCGUCAAGGACAGCCCCAGAAAGCCACCCACUUGGACAAUCCAGCUAUAUCUCUCUGGCACUUCCUUGGCUUGGAGUCACGACUUACAGUGGUGGUUCACCCAUCAAAGACUUACAAGCACAGUUACUACUCGCUAGUUAUCAGAUGUGGAUUCUGAAGCCGUGGAAAGCUUGGUGCUAUAUUGAGACAGCAGCUGCCAAAGCCGAGACAAUGUUACUAAGGAAUCCCGAUAUACUGGAGCAGAAACUUAGCCACAGAGUACUCUGGGCCACUGCAAAAAUGCAACUGGAGUUAACCGAAGAGAUCUAUCCACACCUAGGACUUCUGAAGUCAGGCAGGCUUGGACAAUUGAUCCAAAGCACUCCAAUUCCGCCACCGCCUCCUGAGCCGUUUGAAUGGCCGAGUAUCGGGUCGCAGCUUGACACGGAUACGUGGUAUUACUACCUAGCUGAGACUUCCAGUCGGAGAUUGGUUGAACGUAUCAAGGCCGAGCUCUACAGUGAUCAGUCCACUGGGUCUGGUAUAGCAUCCAGUAUAAGCACCAGUUAUCCAUUGGCGUGCGAACCUACGAGUUGCUUCACAGCUUUCCUCCGACUUCUCCCCAGGAACAAUUGA